AUGGAAGACGAUGCACGAUAUGAUCGGCAAAUUCGUCUUUGGGGUGAUGAGGGUCAGUCAUGUAUUGAGCAUGCUAGUGUUUGUGUAUUAAGUGCAUCUGCUUUGGGAUGCGAAAUUAUCAAAAGUUUAGUGCUUGCUGGUAUCAGAUCAGUGUACAUCAUCGAUUCUGCCGUCGUACGUAAACCGGAUUUAGGCAAUAAUUUUUUUGUUGAUGAAAUCGAUGAACCAAGAGCGAAAGCUGCGCUACGAUUGCUUACGGAGCUGAAUCCAGCAGUGGAAGGCGACUUUGAUAUAGGGAAUCCUGAAGAUAUCAUUACCAAAGACACGAAUUUUUUAAGACAGUUCACUGUUAUUGUUGGAUGCAAUUUAAAUAUUGAUGUUGCUGCACGAAUAAAUGACUUCUUGUUUGGGAAAAAUAUACCUUUCGUUCAUGCAAGGGCAUAUGGUUUUGUCGGAUUUGUACGAAUUUCCGUCCAAGAACACACAAUUAUUGACACACAUGAAGAAAAUAUAUCGCCCGACUUAAGGCUUGACUGUCCGUUUCCGGCAUUAUCUGAAUUGGUAGAGUCGGUAGAUCUAAACCAGAUGCAUUAUGAUGCUCAUUCUCACACGCCAUACUUAAUUUUAUUUCUAAAAACGCUUGAACUAUGGCGAGAGCAAUACAGUCAAGAUGAUUUUCCCGAUAAUCGUGAAAAAAGGAAAACAUUUGAAACGAUUUUUAUGUCACUACGAAUGCCGCAUCCCGAAAAUGGGUCCUAUCGAGAGGAAAAUUUUGUCGAAGGUCACGCUGCAAUGGUUCGCUCACUGAAACGAACAACAAUACCACUGGAAGUGAAAGAAUUAUUAGAUCAUCCGAAAGCACGACGACCAGAUCUGACACAGUUUUGGUUGUUGACUGCAGCUUUGCGACGUUUUGUCAUUGCCAAUGAAGUAUUGCCUGUACAAGGUAGUUUGCCUGAUAUGAUCAGUGAUUCGGAAAGCUAUGUUCUUUUAGCGACGAAAUUUCGGGAUAAGGCCAAGCAAGAUGCAAAGGAGGUGAUGGGUUAUCUUCAACAAUUUCUCGUAGAACAAGGCGUACCAACCGAUAUUAUCAAUUUUAAUGAUUGCGAAUUUUUCUGCAAGAAAGCUGCAUAUCUGCGAGUACAACAUGGGACAACCAUUGCUCAAGAAAUGAAGUCAUCGUUGAAGGAAGUGUUUGAUGACAUACGAAAUGCUAACUUUGCACCUAGUCCUAUAACUGGUGUUCCUCAGAUACCACCGGCGGUGUGGUAUAUUUUAUUAAGGGCUAUCGAUAGAUUUCACUCCGAAAAAUCACGUUUCCCAGGAACAAAUGGCGUGCCGUGCACUAUAGAUGCGUAUGAUCUUAAAGCAAGAGUAGUUGAUUUAGUCAUGGAGACUGAAUUAGAGGAUAAAAGCGAAAUGAUAGAAAGAAUCCCCCCGAUAGCAAUCGAUGAAAUGUGUCGUUAUGGUGCGUCUGAACUACAUGUUAUUGCUUCGUUGGUUGGUGGUAUAACAGCACAAGAAGUGAUAAAAUUAAUUACGCAUCAGUAUAUACCACUCGAUAAUACAUUUAUUUUUGAUGGUCAUACACAGCGUGCUCAAACAUAUCGACUUUAG